GAACUUAAUCCACGUUGGCAAAAGGCAUUAUCCUUGUAGCACCUAUUGUGCUUGGCGGCUUGGGCGCGGAAUUUCGCAGCUUGCUCGGGUAGGAAAUUCGGAAUGUUGGUCUCAUGUGUUGGUGCUGUGCGGGGUGAGUUGUGAUAGGAAUGAGUAUACGAUACAAGAUAAAAUAGGUAUAAAUAGAUGAUUAUUCUUUGAUGUUUAGUUGUGUUACAUUGCUGGUAUACUACCUGAAGAACGCACUUUACAUUGAUACAGAACUCUACGUUACGCGACCAUGGAGAUCGACAAGAACGAAUGCGAUCCAGAAAUGAUCGAAGACCUCAAAUCCACCACUUCAGCAGUCAACACAGACCACGCAGCAGAAAGACGACUGCUGAGGAAAUGUGACCUCCAUGUCGUCCCCAUCCUCAUGAUCCUCUUCAUGUUUGCCUUUCUCGAUCGAAUCAACAUUGGAAAUGCACGGUUGAUGGGUUUGGAGGCGGAUCUUGGCAUGGAGGGUCAUCAGUAUAAUAUUGCCCUUUUUAUCUUUUUCAUUCCUUAUAUUCUUUUUGAGGUUCCUAGCAAUCUUAUUCUGAAGAAGGUGAAGCCGUCUUGGUGGUUGAGUGGGAUUAUGUUUGCAUGGGGGGUCGUCACGACUUGUCAGGGUGUCACGUCCAACUUUGCUGGGCUUGUUGUGUGUCGUGCGAUUCUAGGUGUGUUUGAAUCGGGAUUUAUGCCGGGAUGUGUAUAUCUGAUCAACAUGUACUACCAACGCCACGAAUUGCAAUGGCGACUCAAUGUCUUCUUCAGUGCUAGUAUCUUGGCUGGUGCAGUGAGCGGACUCCUCGCAUAUGCUAUUGCUAAUAUGGAUGGAAUCGCCGGGUACAGUGGGUGGCGCUGGAUUUUCAUCAUCGAAGGCCUUGCAACAGUGGUCAUGGCUGUCAUUUCCAAGUUCCUGAUUGUCGACUGGCCUGAGACUGCUACUUUCCUCAACCACGAAGAACGGUCCCUUUUGCUUCGUCGGUUGUCUGAAGACCAGGGCGAGGCACGCAUGAACCGUCUGGACAAGAAGUCGAUGAAGCGGACUUUUACCGAUGUGAAAAUAUACCUUGGUCCUAUCAUGUAUUUUGGGAUCGUCAACACCGGGUAUGCCACCUCCUUUUUCACGCCCACCAUCCUCAAGCAGCUGGGAUGGACGGCUGUCCGCGCACAGGUGAUGAGCAUCCCCGUCUACAUGGUCGCAAUGGUGUCCACACUCUCGACAGCCUUGAUCAGCGACAAACUCCGUCACCGGUUCGCCUUUACGAUGGCCGGGUGCCUUAUCGCGACGGUCGGAUAUGCGAUUCUCCUCUGCCAGAGCACCGUCCCUGUGGGCGUUCGCUACUUUGCCGUUUACGCGAUCACGGCAGGUGGGUAUAUGGCUCAGCCUAUCCUGAUGGGCUGGUUAAGCAACAACAUGGCCGGGCAUUAUAAGCAAUCGAUCGCGUCUGCCAUGCAGAUCGGAUUUGGCAACUGUGGCGGGCUUGUGGCUAGUAACAUCUUUUACGACUCGGAAGCCCCGGGGUAUCCGACAGGGUUUGGAGUGAGCCUGGGAAUGGUCUGGAUCUGUGGGUUCGCGUGCGUGGUGUUUCUGAGCGUUCUCGUGCGGGAGAAUCGGCUGCGAGACCAGGGGAAGAGAGACGAUCGGCACGGGUUGCCGAGAGAAGAGCUGGAGAACAUGGGCGACGAUCACCCUAGUUUUCGAUUUACGUAUUAACGAUUAGCCAUCUUCAAAUAGUAAAUAGUAAUAAGGAGAUCACAUACGAAUGAUAGCGUAAGGGCUUGUUGUCGUUGCCAAGGGUGCACAUCCGUACAGCAGAUCAUUUAGGGGUGUGUUUGGCAUGACGUCGUUGUGGCCUCGUCGAGGUCGAGUUGCAUCAGUUCCGACCGAACGAGUGCCUCCCAAGUGUCGCCAGUGAGCAGCCAGUCUGCAGCUCAUCAUUCCAUCAUCAUUAUCCUCUGCAUCCCCUGCCAAGCAGCCUGUGUUCGCGAUAUUAUCCUGAUAUUAUGCCUUUGUGAUUCUCGGCACAGCCAAGACUGCUACCGGAUCUGGCAACCAUCUGUCUGCCUCUCGAAGGCGCGCCUCCCCGCACAACUUUCUGAAGGAUUUCCGCGGCGAUCGAGUGUCCACGUCUUCGCCUUGUUG